AUGAUGGACCCAUUGCAAAUCAAUGAUUUCACACCAUCCAGAGAUCGACAGAAAUUGCUUCGAGAACAGGAAGUCCUUGAUCAGGUGUUCCAAUUGCUGAAAGCGCCUUUUAUGCCUCGGCAAGGUCUUACCGAAAUCGGACCGUUGCUCAGUUCUCCAUCGGAGCUUAGCGAAGCACGAAACGAAGUGUUCAAGACGAUGUUUCAGUAUGCACAAGUCAGCUACCGGAAGAAUCAGGAGUUUUUGGCCGAAAAAUUCGGACAAAUCCAGGAACAAAUCGGAUUCGAUCUUCUCGCUGAAGAUACAAUGACGGCUGUGCUGCAUAAUAAUCCGAAACUGUUGGAGAAAUACGUGAAAACGCCGCAUGUCGAGCGAUUCGUCGAACUUGUUUUUUCUGUAGAGUGUUUUCAGCGUUUUGGAAAGGAAUGCGGUUUCUUGACUUAUCUAGCAGAUCUAUGCGUAUGUCGUGGUGAGGCGAACAAAAAGGUCCAGGAGUUGAUAUGUAACUCAGUACUUAGUGAGAAGCAUCGUGAUAUACUUAUGGAGACAAAGCUGGUCAGUAUGGAAGGAAUAUCCAGUGAUAGCCUUUUUGAUGACUCCAUUGAAGACAAAAAUCUUAUAGUCUUCCCGGCUGCCCAUUUCUCUAUUGUUCAGAUUGAUGACGAGGUUUACAUCGGAUGGUUGGGUCAACCGUUGCAAAAACUAGUCGAACUUGCUGAGAGCUCAAGGAAGAACACCACCGACGCUGAGUUCUUGGAUUACUACAGGCACCAAUUGGACCUAUUGGCACAAAUGUGUCAGGAACAACAAUAUCUGGCCAUAGAUCCGCCACCGGAACGCAAGCUGUUGAAUAUCUCCCAACAGCUACCAGCUGAGCUCGUUCUAAAGUACAAAACCGUCUCUGUCGAAGGCUACGGUGAUGGCGGUCGAUCUCGGGUUGGAGACCAGUUUGCUACUGAUGUGUUGAAUACAGUGGAAAACUACCUCAGUUCAUUGAGAGACGACUAUCCGUCUGGUCCAGUGCUGCAUAAAGACGCUGCAAGUGUUGCUCGUAAUAAGCUCACUUACGAGGUAGGUAGAGAACUCGUCCGAGAGAUGGAGAACUCGUCAUAUGGCAGCUCUUUGAGCUCAUACGUCCUGUUGUUUAUUCAGAUGGUAAAGCUGCGAAAGCACUACUCAAUUGGUUACUACACCUUUGACAAUUUGCUCACACUCACGAAAAAUCUUCUGAACAUCGUCGAUAACAGCCCUCACGGUGCUCAAACAACUCGUACUAUGUCGCAUGGUAUGACAAUGAUUCCACCGAGUCACCCAGUCUAUGAUCGGUACUGGCAGGAAGGAAAAAUGUUGACGGUGUCAUAA